AUGGAGAGGAAGUGUUCCAAUGAUGAGCUCAUCAUCUACACAGAAGGUUCUUCCUUCCAGAUGAUGUGUGAAGAAAGGUGUAACGAUAGAGUUAUCUACUCUUCUGGGAGAGAACCCUGGUUCAAUCUGAAUUCAACAUGGUAUGACCCAGCUGGAUCCUGGUUGGACAACCGCCGCAAACCAUUUCGCUAUGUUGUAAACACAGCCUGUGUCACCGGUUGCAACCGCAGGGAUGAUGUACCGAGAAGAGGAGGCCACAAUUACCGAUGCUACGGCUAUCGGCGCUCCACCUGUAGACAAGGGGGAAACCCAAGAGUGACCUGCUGCGUCCACAAUCCUUCAGGAGGACCCCGUGAUUACUGGGGGCGUCCAAUAGGCGAUUCGUGUGAUGGAAAUACAGGGGGGCACUAUUCUAAUGAAGAGUCGUUCUGCUGUGGAUCUGGUGGUGGAUGCGGAGGUGGAUCUGCUGGUGGAUGCGGAGGUGGGCAAGGAGGGGCUUGUGCCCAGCCAGUUGCUUCAUCAGGAGGAUGUGGAGGAGGACGAGGAGUGUGCUCUGAGCCUGGAUGUGGAAGAGGACGAGCAGUAUGCGCAGAACCUGGAUGUGGCAGAUCUUCAAGAGGGCUGCAAACCUCUGGGGGAGCAGGGUGUGCUGGGUCUUCAGGAAGAUGUGGAGGAGGACGAGGCGUGUGUUCUGAGCCUGGAUGUGGAAGAGGACGAGCAGUAUGCUCAGAACCGGGAUGCAGAAGGUCUUCAAGAGGGCUGCAAACCUCUGGGGGAGCAGGGUGUUCUGGGUCUUCAGGAGGAUGUGGAGGAGGACGAGGAGUGUGUUCUGAGCCAGGAUGUGGAAGAGGACGAGGAGUAUGUUUUGAGCCAGGAUGCGGAGGAGGAAGAGGAGUAUGUUCUGAGCCGGGAUGCCGCUCAUAGGAAAGUAUGUGCUGAGCCAAGGGGUUCAUCUUCAGGUGGAUGGAGGAGGAAGUCUUCUACGCCAUUGGAAAGAUGCUGAAGAAGGCCUGCCUGUUCCAAGCCAUCAGAUGGGCUCCAAAUCAUCCUGUCGCUGCAACCACAAUAAUGUUACAGAGAGAGAUGCUGUUGGGCCGAGUGGCUGGCAAGAGCAACCACAGCAAAGGAAGCUUGAUCUUAUUUAUUUAUUUAUUUAUUUAUUUAUUUAUUUAUUUAUUUAUCAAUUAGUAGCCAAGCUGGGCUCUCAAAGCAGCUUACUCUAGAAAUUCAAACCCCCCCACCCACCCUUCCAAAACUACAAUACAUCAGGAAAGCAUGAGAGUGGUAAUAGCCUCUUCUGGGCCAUGUCUAUUGAUGAGCUCAUCAUCUACAUAGAAGGUUCUUCCUUCCAGGUGGUGAGAGGGAAGAAAGCUGCAGGUGCCGUCCUCGACUGACUGAUGGUCCCGAUACCGAACCACUUAAAUAGCCUUUUCCGUCAAUGUCUUCUUCUAAAUUUGAAAACAUCCUGAAAAUGAUGUACCAUUUUUCACUCCAUCAACCCCUGAGUGAUCCUGAAAAACCUAAAGACUGUGCCCACUGCAGAGAAGUGUGAAUGUUUCUUAGUGGACCGUACCUGGACCAUUGGUGCCUGAACGUUAUCUGCCUGCAAUGAAGUUCUGUGCUUUUCCUGUUGUUUUCUUUCCCUUGGCAUAAAUAAAAUUC